UAGAUAUAUAUAUCAAAUUUAAUGAAUGUCUUUAUGUUAUAAUAGAAAAUGAAUCGAAAGUAAAUUUCAAACGUUCAGUAUUAGAGUUUAUUAUAAAGAAAAUUAUUAUAUUAUUUCAAGAUUUUACCGAUAUAUUAUAUUGCUUUCAAAUUAUAUAUUUAAAAUGUUUCUGUUAUAUAUUUAAAAAUCAGAAUAAAUCGGAUUACGUACAUACAGUUUUGGAUAGUUUACAAAAUAACUGCGAAACAGCUGAGAAAUUGGGUUAUAAGAAACCGAUGUAUAUAACAUAUCCAUAUAUUUCACAAUUAAUAAGACUGUUUAUUGAUAAUUUUAUUAAUAAUGAUUUUAAUAUUAAAGUACAUAGUAAUUGUUUGAAAAUCAUUAUAUAUUUAACUGAUAAGUUAUAUAAAACACAACAAAUAUCGAAAUGCGAUAAUUGUAACAUUAAAACUGGAUUACAUGAUUGUUUACGAUUAACAUUUCUAACGAAAAAUAUCAUUGCGAUAUCCAUACAAAGAAAUAUGGAUAUAAAAUUAAUAUUUAAAGAUUAUAUAAAUAUAAUAACUAAACAAUAUAUAAUAUUAAAUGAAUUAAACAUAUUAAAAUGUUCAAAUCAUGAGAAAUGUAUGAAGAAAUUACAAUCCGAUGUACAUAAUACAGCUAUAAUAUUAAACAAAGCUAAAUAUUAUGAAUAUUCAAUUAAUAUGUUUAAUAUAUAUGUUAAAACUGAAAUAUGUUAUGUAAAAAAUGAUAUAGAAUAUAAAAAUAUAGCAAGAGCGUUAUAUAACAAGAGUAUUAGUGAAAUGGAUUGUAUGUUGUACUCGGAAGCUAUUUAUGAUGCAUAUUUAAGUUUGGUAUUCUCCGGAGAUUUCAAUGAUAAAUAUAUGAGUUUGAUUAUGGAUAUAAAAGCGAAAGCAUUGAAGAUUGAUCCAAACGAUUCAAUGCAGUUGAUGACAGUUGUAAAUGUGUGCAAGAAUUUAUCGGAGAAUAAGGACUUUGUUAAUAUGAAGAUGUUCUUUUCUAAUUUGAAAUAUAGUGCUUUGUUAAAACAUGAAUUUUCAAUGUAUGUAAAACUAUGGCCGUCUAUAAUACCUAUCGCUGGAGUUUGGAUGUCUUUGAAUGAUUUAACUAAAGGUGUACAUAAAUCUUGGAUAAAAGAUGAAAAUGAAGAUAAUUUAUUAUGGAUUUUAUAUGAAGUGAUAUUAGAAACUCCAACAGCAGUUCGAACGAUACAUUCCGAUUAUUAUAAGACAAUUGUCGCUGAAAUAUUGCACAGAAUUAAAGAGAAACCGAGAAAAAAGAUUGAAGAAAAACUAGUUGAAGCUAGUUUACUAUUUUUACAAUCUGAAUACGAUAUCGCAGAAGCAACGGAGAAACAUGGAUGGAAACAAACUGACCCGACAUUAAGUCCUGAACAAAUAAAAGAUUUACGAACUUUACCACAAGAACAAAACGCUUUGAGACAUGCUGUAGACGCUGUUGAAAUAUUAACAAAUAUAUUACCUAAAAUAAAUACAGCUCCGAAUUCCCUCGUGCAGCAUUCUUUGAAAAUCGCACAAGUAUUUGUUCAGCAAUUGCUGUACACACAGCGUUUACUGCAAGCUUUACAGUUGGCACAUAUCUGCUGUGAGCUGGCGAGAAAUAUCGGUGACAAGUGAGUGGACAGAUAUAAAACUAACAUUAUUACUAGAUGUCGCC